AUUUCUGAUACAAGAUAAGCCUUAAGUUUUCUUUUACCGUAUUUAUCUGAGAUCUCUGCAGGCCUUUUGUGACCUAUGACAGGGAUUGUAGGCCAUUGGCUGCCAGGCAGCAAGUGGUUCAUCAGAGCUUCCCUUUUGAAGCCCAAUGGCAGAUUCCCUGGGUGAGGAAACUUAUGCUCAGAGGCCUGGAGGGAGAUGAGGCAACUCUGCAUAGUCCUUGAAAAUAAUUCCUUUUCAUUCCUUGAAUGUUUUCUUUUUUAUUAAGAAAAUAACCUUAAGACAGUGAUUUAUUGCUUAGAUCUUUGCUGUUUUAGACAGUUGUUAGCUUUUGCUGCCUAACGAAUUUUGAUGAUAUGUUGGAUUGAUUACUUCAAUUAGAAUUCCAGUUCAAAAGUUAUCUCCUCCAGGAUGCCUUCCACAUAGUAUGCAGAUCCUAUUAGAUCUCAAUUAGUCCACUGGCACUUUUGUUUGCAAUUUGUAAUAUAGUUUUUGUUUUGUUUUUAACUUAUGCUAGGUUGCUUUCUGUAUGGGUGUGUUUUUUCUCAUUCUCCUAGUUCUUUGAAAGAGAAAUUAAAUAUUCUUACUUUAUAGUGUUCCGUUACAGACACCCAAAAUAUUUUUUACAAUGAUGAGUAUUCGGUAAUUCCUUAACUAUGUAUUGAAGACCCUCUAUAGUAUGUCCUUAUUCGCUUUUUUAGCUUUACCUCUCAUUAUUGCCCUAGGUGAAGAUAAUCUGCUCCAGCCAGUCUGGAAUAAUCAUGAUCCCCCAAAUACAUACUGAAUUUUCCCGCCUCUAAGUUUUUACUCUAUGUAUUUUUGAUAAUCUGGCAUUCCCUCUUUGUAUUUUUGACUUUUGAAUUCUGUCUUUCAGUUGUAUUUCAAGGGCCCAGAAGUAAUUUUCUUUGGUUCACUCCUGUAAGUCUGUGUACCACUCCUGUAUUGGAGAUAUUUAUGAGUUUAUGUGCUUAUGUAUGUGUUUUAUCUCAUCUAAUAGAUUAUAAAUUCCUGUGGGUGGAUAGGGACAAUUCUGUAUUACUCUGCCCUGCAUUUUGUUUCUUGUUGUUAGUUGCUGUUGAGUAGCUCUGAAUCAUGGCAAGCUUACAUAUAACAGAAUGAAACAUUGCCUGGUCCUGCUUCAUCUUCAUGAUCAUCGGUUUGCCAGGAUGGUGGAUAAGAAUAUUUACAUCAUUCAAGGGGAGAUUAACAUUGUGGUUGGGGCCAUUAAACGAAAUGCCCGAUGGAGCACCCAUACCCCACUGGACGAAGAACGAGAUCCUCUGCUGCAUAGUUUCAGUCAUUUAAAGGAAGUUUUAAACAAUAUAACAGAACUCUCAGAGAUUGAGCCCAAUGUGUUCCUUCGUCCAUUCCUGGAAGUGAUUCGCUCUGAAGAUACCACUGGCCCUAUCACUGGACUGGCACUCACCUCUGUCAACAAGUUUCUGUCCUAUGCGCUCAUAGAUCCCAUUCAUGAGGGCACAGCAGAGGGCAUGGAGAACAUGGCAGAUGCUGUCACCCACGCCCGUUUUGUGGGUACAGAUCCUGCCAGCGAUGAGGUUGUCCUGAUGAAAAUCCUUCAGGUUCUGCGGACUCUGUUGCUGACCCCAGUGGGUGCCCACCUGACCAAUGAAUCUGUGUGUGAGAUUAUGCAGUCUUGCUUUCGGAUCUGCUUUGAAAUGAGGCUUAGUGAGUUAUUGAGAAAAUCCGCAGAGCACACUCUCGUAGACAUGGUGCAGCUGCUCUUCACAAGGUUACCUCAGUUUAAAGAAGAACCGAAGAACUAUGUGGGGACCAACAUGAAAAAGCUGAAAAUGAGAGCAGGAGGCAUGAGUGAUUCAUCCAAGUGGAAGAAGCAGAAGAGAUCCCCCCGGCCCCCUCACCAUGUGACCAAAGUCACACCAGGUUCAGAGCUGCCCACCCCCAAUGGAACCACCUUAUCCUCUAACCUCACUGGUGGCAUGCCGUUCAUUGAUAUGCCUACUCCCAUCUCCUCUGCAAGUUCAGAAGCUGCCUCAGCAGUGGUCAGCCCCUCUACAGACAGUGGCCUGGAGUUCUCCUCCCAGACCACCUCCAAGGAGGACCUCACUGACCUGGAACAAGCUGGCUUUCCAGGCUACAGCACAGCUGCAGACCCUGUGAGCAACGAGCUAGGGGUUCCUGAACAGCCAGACCCCCAGGAAGUGGUCCAGGUGGAAAAGGCACAAUCAGCAUCUGUGGAAUCCAUCCCUGAGGUGUUAGAGGAGUGCACAUCCCCUGCUGACCACUCCGACUCUGCCUCUGUCCAUGACAUGGAUUACGUCAAUCCCCGGGGCGUGCGCUUUACACAGUCUUCCCAGAAAGAAGGUACAACUUUGGUCCCCUAUGGCCUUCCCUGUAUCCGCGAGCUCUUCCGUUUCCUCAUCUCCCUCACCAACCCACAUGACCGCCACAACUCAGAGGUUAUGAUCCACAUGGGACUGCAUUUGUUGACAGUGGCUCUUGAGUCAGCUCCUGUAGCCCAGUGCCAGACCCUCUUGGGCCUCAUCAAGGAUGAGAUGUGCCGCCACUUAUUCCAGCUACUUAGCAUUGAACGACUGAACCUGUAUGCUGCUUCCCUGCGGGUAUGCUUCCUACUGUUUGAGAGCAUGCGGGAGCACCUCAAGUUCCAGUUGGAGACGUACAUUAAAAAGCUCAUGGAAAUCAUCACUGUGGAGAACCCCAAGAUGCCUUAUGAGAUGAAGGAGAUGGCACUGGAGGCCAUUGUGCAGCUCUGGCACAUCCCCAGCUUUGUCACCGAGCUCUACAUCAACUAUGAUUGUGACUACUACUGUUCCAACCUCUUUGAGGACCUCACCAAGUUGCUGUCCAAGAAUGCCUUCCCUGUCUCUGGUCAGCUGUAUACAACACAUCUGCUGUCACUCGAUGCCCUGUUGACAGUGAUUGACAGCACUGAGGCCCACUGCCAGGCCAAAGUCCUCAGCAACCUCACCCAGCAGGAGAAGAAAGAGGCAGCCAGACCCAGCUAUGAGACAGUAGAUAGUACCCGAGAAGCGAGUAAUACUGAGAGAGCAGCCAGCGACAGGAAAGCUGUAGGCAUGGCCCCUGACAUCCCAGGCCUACAUCUGCUGGCUGGAGGGUGGCUGCUGGCAGAACACGGGAAGCCAGGAUGCAGUGAUCUGGAGGAAGCUGGUGAUUCUGGGGCUGACAAAAAGUUUACCCGGAAGCCACCUCGAUUUUCCAGUCUUCUGCCAGAUCCACGGGAACUGAUUGAAAUUAAAAACAAAAAGAAGCUGCUGAUCACUGGCACAGAGCAGUUUAACCAGAAACCAAAGAAAGGGAUCCAGUUUCUGCAGGAGAAGGGCCUCCUCACCAUCCCAAUGGACAACACAGAGGUAGCCCAGUGGCUCCGAGAGAACCCUCGACUGGACAAGAAAAUGAUUGGGGAGUUUGUGAGUGACCGCAAAAACAUUGACCUGUUGGAGAGCUUUGUGAGCACCUUCAGCUUUCAGGGUCUGAGGCUGGAUGAAGCUCUCCGCCUGUACCUGGAAGCCUUCCGCUUGCCUGGGGAAGCACCAGUCAUCCAGAGGCUGCUAGAGGCAUUCACAGAGCAUUGGAGGAAUUGUAAUGGCUCCCCAUUUGCCAAUAGCGAUGCCUGCUUUGCCCUGGCCUAUGCUGUCAUCAUGCUUAAUACUGACCAACACAACCACAACGUUCGCAAACAGAAUGCACCCAUGACCCUGGAGGAGUUUCGCAAAAAUCUAAAAGGUGUGAAUGGAGGCAAGGACUUUGAACAAGACAUCCUGGAGGACAUGUACCAUGCCAUCAAGAAUGAGGAAAUUGUGAUGCCUGAGGAGCAGACAGGUUUGGUUCGGGAGAACUAUGUAUGGAAUGUGCUGCUCCAUCGAGGUGCCACCCCUGAGGGCAUAUUCCUGCGUGUACCUGCUGGCAGCUACGAUCUUGACCUCUUCACCAUGACCUGGGGCCCCACAAUUGCUGCUCUUUCUUAUGUCUUUGACAAAAGCCUUGAGGAGACAAUCAUCCAGAAAUCCAUCUCAGGCUUCAGGAAGUGCGCCAUGAUCUCUGCCCACUAUGGCCUCAGCGAUGUGUUUGACAACCUCAUCAUCUCACUGUGCAAAUUCACAGCUCUCAGCAGUGAGUCUAUUGAGAACCUGCCCAGUGUGUUUGGAAGCAACCCUAAAGCCCACAUUGCAGCCAAGACGGUCUUCCAUUUGGCCCAUCGUCAUGGCGACAUCCUACGGGAGGGCUGGAAGAAUAUCAUGGAGGCCAUGCUACAGCUUUUCCGAGCCCAGCUGCUACCCAAAGCUAUGGUGGAGGUAGAAGAUUUUGUGGAUCCCAAUGGCAAGAUCUCUCUGCAGCGGGAAGAGACCCCGUCAAACCGAGGAGAGUCAACAGUGCUGAGCUUUGUGAGCUGGCUGACACUGAGUGGUCCUGAGCAGUCUAGCAUGCGGGGUCCAUCCACUGAGAACCAAGAGGCCAAGAGAGUGGCCUUGGACUGUAUCAAGCAAUGUGAUCCAGAAAAGAUGAUCACAGAAAGUAAGUUCCUCCAGCUGGAGUCACUUCAGGAGCUCAUGAAGGCUCUAGUCUCAGUGACACCAGAUGAAGAGACAUAUGAUGAGGAAGAUGCUGCUUUCUGCCUGGAGAUGCUGCUGAGGAUUGUGCUGGAGAAUAGGGAUCGUGUGGGUUGUGUGUGGCAGACUGUUCGAGACCAUCUAUACCACCUGUGUGUCCAGGCCCAGGAUUUCUGCUUCCUUGUGGAGCGGGCGGUAGUGGGACAGCUGCGCCUGGCCAUUCGGCUGCUCCGGAGAGAAGAGAUCAGUGGCCAGGUACUGCUCUCCCUGCGCAUUUUGCUGCUGAUGAAGCCCAGUGUGCUGUCCCGAGUCAGCCACCAGGUUGCCUACGGGCUCCAUGAACUCCUUAAGACUAAUGCAGCCAACAUCCACUCAGGAGAUGAUUGGGCUACCCUAUUCACACUGCUGGAGUGCAUUGGCUCAGGCGUGAAGCCUCCAGCUGCCCUGCAGGCCACAGCCAGGGCUGAUGCACCUGAUGCAGGGGCUCAGUCAGACAGUGAGCUCCCAUCCUACCAUCCAAAUGAUGUGAGCCUGGACCGAGGUUACACUUCUGACUCAGAGGUCUACACUGACCAUGGCAGGCCGGGCAAGAUACACCGAUCAGCCACAGAUGCUGAUGUGGUCAACAGCGGUUGGUUAGUGGUGGGGAAGGACGACAUCGAUAACUCCAAGCCAGGGCCUGGGCUCAACAGGCCAGGCUCUUCACCCCUGGUCAAUCAGUACAGCCUAACAGUGGGGCUGGACCUGGGGCCACAUGACACUAAGUCCCUGCUCAAGUGUGUGGAAUCACUGUCCUUCAUUGUGCGUGACGCUGCCCACAUCACACCUGAUAACUUUGAGCUCUGCGUCAAGACCCUCCGCAUCUUUGUGGAGGCCAGUCUGAAUGGCGGGUACAAGUCCCAGGAGAAACGGAGCAAGAGUCACAAAUAUGACAGCAAAGUAAACCGCUUCAAGAAGAAAUCCAAGGAGGGCUCAGUGCUUCGACGGCCUCGAACCUUCAGCCAACAUGCUACUCGGGGCGGGCAUAGUGAUGAUGACGAGGAUGAAGGUGUGCCUGCCAGCUACCAUACGGUGUCUUUACAGGUCAGUCAGGACUUGCUAGACCUGAUGCACACCCUGCACACGCGGGCGGCCUCUAUCUACAGCUCAUGGGCGGAGGAACAGCGCCACCUGGAGACAGGUGGCCAGAAGAUCGAAGCAGAUUCCCGCACCCUCUGGGCCCACUGUUGGUGCCCUUUACUGCAGGGCAUUGCCUGCCUGUGCUGUGAUGCCCGGCGCCAGGUGCGGAUGCAGGCACUGACCUAUCUGCAGCGAGCACUACUGGUACAUGAUUUGCAAAAGCUGGACGCCCUGGAAUGGGAGUCCUGUUUUAACAAGGUGCUGUUUCCUCUGCUGACCAAGCUCUUGGAGAACAUUAGUCCUGCAGAUGUGGGCGGGAUGGAGGAAACUCGGAUGAGGGCCUCCACACUGCUCUCGAAGGUCUUCCUGCAGCACCUGUCUCCACUGCUGUCACUCUCUACCUUUGCGGCCCUCUGGCUUACCAUCCUGGACUUCAUGGACAAGUACAUGCAUGCAGGCUCCAGUGACUUGCUGUCAGAGGCCAUCCCUGAGUCUCUGAAGAACAUGCUCCUGGUGAUGGACACAGCAGAGAUUUUCCACAGUGCAGAUGCACGAGGAGGUGGCCCUUCAGCCCUCUGGGAAAUCACAUGGGAGCGCAUUGACUGUUUCCUGCCCCACCUACGAGAUGAGCUCUUCAAGCAGACUGUCAUCCAGGGUAGGGGGUUCAGCCUAACUUCAAGAAGGACCCAUAAAGCUCUUAAGCCUGGAGCUGAAUUAGUUCUCUGUGCCCUAAGUUGUGGAAAGACUGGUGGGCAGCCAGGGCUUUGCUGGAAAGCAAGCACUAAGAGCUGUCGUCUGGAUUCUCUACCCUCCCCAGACCCCAUGCCUAUGGAGCCUCAUGCCCCAAAACCUGUGGCCUCAGCCCACCUGACUCCUGCUGCUGGCGACACCAAGACACCUGGCCAUCCACCUCCCCCAGAGAUGCCCUCUGAGCCAGGAGCCUGUGACUUUGAGAAGCCUGAGGGCCCCCGAGCCACCAGUAGCAGCUCCCCUGGAUCACCAGUGGUCUCUAGCCCCAGCAAGCUCAGCCCUACCCCAGAUGGGCCUCCACCCCUGGCUCAGCACCCCCUGAUCCUGCAGCCCUUGGCCUCCCCACUGCAGGUGGGUGUGCCACCCAUGACUCUUCCCAUCAUCCUCAACCCUGCACUCAUCGAAGCCACCUCACCAGUGCCCCUUCUAGCCACACCCCGCCCCACAGACCCCAUGCCCACCUCCGAGGUCAACUAA